UUUCUGUUCCUCGUCAUCGUCGCUCGUUCUCGUUUGUUAUUUUUUCCCUUAUCAGUCUGAGACACGUCGACAACGUUCCACCCAAAUUUCCACCCAAGCCAAACCCGCACCUCCUCAUCUCAAUCUCCGCUUCUCUCCUCCACCACCCCCUCAGAUGAGCGCGGGACGACCGCAGCCCCAUCCUGGCUCACGGCGCCCCGCCACGACUGCUGCUGCUGCUGGUGGUGGUUCUGCUGCUGCGAAUCCGCUUGGAAUUCUGGCGGAUUUGCUUGAUCUGCGCCCGCCUCACUCCAAGCCUUCCUCAUCAUCAUUAUCAACGUCAUCAUCCCUUCUAUCAUCACCACCACUCCCACUCGCCUCCAGGCUGCCCGCGGUGGUCGCAGGCGGACACGAUGCAACGGGAUUGCCAGCCAGUGCCGCAGCCGCCGCGCUCACGACGCUCUUCCCGGCCUUCUUCGACCCUGCUUCAACUCCCCUGGCGAGCAACAAUGGCAGUGCUGCUGGCAUCCCUGGUGCCGAGCAGCCGCCGCUGUUGCCCGGCGAGCAGCUCGUCAUGACCCUCCGACAGGUCUACUGCGUCGUCCCCAUCGCCCUCGCGCUCGUUGCCAAAGGCACCCUCACGCUGACCGACCACCGGCUCAUCUUCCACGGUCGCACUGUCUCUAGCAACCCCAAUCGACGGUUCGAGUACGAGUAUUACAGCGCUACAAGUCCGUUCGAAGAAGAUUCCGCCGACGACGAUUUGCCAUCCUCGUCCGUUGGGAGAAUGCCGAAAGCGAUCAACGGCGGCGCAUCAGUCGUGUCGCCCGGCCCGGUUGCUCGACAGCAAUCCACCUCACCCGUCAACCAACCGCCGCCUGGUGUCACUCGAAGUGCAUCUCCAAAUGCGAUUCGAGCCUCGCCCCCUGCUGCUGCCGUUGUUGCUCGCCCAUCGCCUCCGCCUCGGCCGCUUCGACCUGCCGCGCCGACGUCCUUGCCUGUGGUCUCAACCCGCGCUCCAGGACUUCAAGGCGUGCCGCCGCGAGUGCUGCCUUCAACACCUCCGCGGUCGCCAAACGCCGCCGCCACUGUGCCGCCCCGGCUGUCUCCCCGUCCUACUCCUACCGCUUCCUCGUCCGCAGCAGCCUUUCCAGCAGCGAGAACCUCCAUCCCUAUGCAGCAGGCCGAGCAGCCAGAAGAGGACUCUCGCUCUGACAAUGAUGCAGACCAACAAGCCUUGCUUUCGCGGCUCAAGACCUUGCGCGGUGAGCCUGAGCCAGAUGCAACCUCGCGGUCGUCUUUUGCCUUUGACGAUGGACCGGACGACAUUGGCGUGAACGACGGGCUCGACAGCGACGUUGGCUCGAUCGACUCUAGCUUUUCCGGCCUCAGCAUCAGCAGUAGCGCGAGCAAUGGCAGCACGAGCGUUGCCAAUCUCAGCCUGGAGCCCUUCUACAUAGCAAUGCCUGUGACCUCCAUUGGCGAUGUCAACCGGAAGCCGGCCUCGCACGUCAAAUCUCACGAUCUCUGGGUGUCGGAGGGUGUGCAGAUUGCUUGUCGAAACUUUGGCGUGUUGCGCAUCUGCGUCAGCGCCACGAGCACUGCCGUCGGCGAUUUCACCCAACUCAUCACCAAUCUGGUGCGCGUGUCACGGCCAGUGGUUCCGCGCAAGUGUUUCGCGUAUGCUUACCGUGCCGGGCUGGCCCAGGCGUUGAUGCGCGCGCUUUCACAGACCGAGUCGAGCCCGGUGACGCUUUCGCACGCUCAGCAACUCGUGUCCGUCUUUUUCGCCCCGUCGGGCCCGAACUUUGUGGAUAUUGGGACGGAAAUUGCGCUCUCGCUCCACCGAAGUGACAAUGCCUGGCGCAUUGUCCACUCGCCAGCGUUUGCAAACUGCGUCUCCUAUCCAGCCUUCCACGGUGUUCCACUCGCCUGUACCGAUGCACAAAUCGGUCAAGUGGCUGCCUUUCACAAGGAAGGACGCUUCCCAAUCGUUGCCUGGACCCAUCCCACUUCCGGCAGCACCCUCCUCCGAGCUGCAUCGCCCAAGCAUCGACGUGGCACCCCUAGCCAGCGGUCUGAGCCGGACGAAAAGUACCUGCAGGCGAUUUGCUUGACGUCCCCAUGCACAGGCGAUGCCAAAUUGGUCGUGUUUUCAGAUUUGCCGACCGCCACUGUCAGCGCGACCGUCCAGAGCAGCUAUAGCGCUGCCCAGGGCGGCAUGACCGCGGUCCAGGGAGAGUUGUAUUAUUACCCACACUGCCAGUUCGAGCUUUCCGAAGCCUAUCUAUCCGACCCGAAGGCGCUACGAUCAAGCUACAUUAAGCUCCAAGCUAUGCUGUAUUCUGUCGUGAGCGAGGCAAAGUUCCAAAGUCUGCUUGAAGAGUCGCGUUGGCUCGAGUUUGUCAGCCACAGCUUGAGUGUCGCAUCCAAGAUCGCCCAGCUCCAAUCCGAGCCAAUGGCUCCACACGUUCUUGUCGCCUAUGAACGUGGCUGGGACAAGACUUUGGUGGUUUGCGCCCUUGUGCAGCUGCUGCAAGAACCCGCAUUCCGAACGUUGCACGGCUUCCAAAAGCUCAUCCAGAAGGAGUUUAUCGUGCAUGGACACCGAUUUCCGCAUCGAACGCUGCUCAUGGGUCUCGAGCCUCGAACACACGAAGACUCACCAGUGUUCUUGCUCUUCUUGGAUGCCGUGUGGCAGCUUCUGGUUCAGUUCCCUACCGCGUUUGAGUUUAACGAGGCGCUGCUGAUUUUCCUUGCAGACGCUGCUUACUCGUCUCGAUUCGGCUCGUUCCUGUUUGCGAUGGAGCGAGACCGGGCCAAAUCGUCCGUUGAGGACGAAACCAUCUCCGUGUGGGCCUAUUUGAACGUGCUCGUUGCAAGCGGCGAGUCCCGCUUCUUCAAUGGCCGAUUUGCGAAAACUGUGUCCGCAACCAUGUUCCUCGAGCCCGAUGCCGGCAUCUCGGCUCUUCAAUUGUGGACCAAUCUGUUUGUACGAUGGGGCACGGAUCUGCGCCACGCUCAGUCAGCAUGCACGGUGGUUGGCAUGUUGCCCCACGCGAGCGCGGCAGUCAUGACCGCAGUCGUCGCGCCAACGCCACAACAAGGACGCAAGGAAAUGUCCAGCGCCGAGUUUGCCAAACUCCAAGCCGCCAUGGGAUUCACGAAUCCAACAUGGUCAGCCUCUGUCCGAAGGACCUACAAUAGCGGCGCUGGUCCGCUGGCUUGCGUUGGUCUUUCGGAAGCCCCGACUGCGGACAAGUCAUUCACUCCUCCCGGAGAGCCUGACUCUGGACCGGGCAUGCGGGCCGUUUCAGCGACUGUCAAUCUUGCUGCAUCGUUUGUGUCAGCCAACACGAAUGUACCGACCGGCAUGACUGUGACAGAGUCCAUGGCGAAAGGGUUUCUUUUCAAGGUUGGUGGCGUGCGAAAGAAUUGGAAACGCCGGUGGUUUGUCCUUGACACGAGCCGGCGGUGCUUGAGCUACUUUGAAGAUGAGAAGGAGCGAAUCCCCAAAGGGUUGAUUGCGCUAUCCGAGAUUCUGCGUGUUUACACGAACGGAUCUGCGGCGGCUGUUCCUGCUGGCGGGAAUGCCAACACUGCGCUCGAGUUUUCCAUUGUGACUGCGCGCCGCAUUUAUGUCAUGCGAGCUGCCAACGAGAAGGUGCUCCGCGCCUGGGUUUUGGUCGUGAAUGCGAGCUGCUUGCGAUCUUGACGGUUUUGUUUGGUUUUGCGUGCUGCUUCCAGUUCGUAAAAGUCCAAAGCUCGUGUGUCAGCAUUUUUAUUCUACUUGACUUGCU